AUGCAGUCUCCAAACAAGAAGGACGAUUGCACUGCCUGCGCCGCACAUAUGCAUGGUGCCUGCCCGGCAGAUCGACUGCUGCGACAAAGAGCCAUGAGCCACUCCAGACACAUGGGCAAGAUAAGGAAAAGGCUGGAGGAUAUCAAGAACCAGUCCCCGAAGUUGACAAAAGCAGAUUUCAGCCACAAUGAAAGCAUAAGGUUGGCCACCGACGCCUUCCUGGACGGUGGGACAGACUCUUACCUCAAAACUUUAAGCAAAGAGGGCGAGGUGGAUUUCCUCUCCUCGGUGGAAGCUCAGUACAUCAAGGAUAAUGCCAGGGAGUCCUAUUAUGCACAGGAGUCCCUGGCCACCGACGGGGUGGCUGCGACAAAGCAGAACGAUGCCGGGUCGCUCCCUUCAGGGACCUACUUCCCCACCAUUUCUGACAGCAGUGAGCCAGCUCUGCUGCACACAUGGAUUACAGCGGAGAAGCCCUAUUUAAAGGAAAAAUCCACUGCCACUGUGUAUUUCCAAACAGAGAAGAACAGCAACAUUAGAGAUAUCAUACGCCGGUACAUCAACAAGACCACUCAGGUGCUAGCUAUUGUCAUGGAUGUGUUCACAGACACUGAGAUUCUUUGUGACCUCCUGGAGGCAGCUAACAAGCGCAUGGUGUUUGUCUACCUGUUGCUCGACCAUGGCAAUAUAAAUCUUUUCUCGGAGAUGUGCGACAAGUUGCAAAUUGCUGAGGAUCUCUUCAAGAAUAUUUCAGUCCGCAGUGUUACUGGAGAGGUUUACUGUGCCAAAUCAGGCAGGAAAUUUUCAGGACAAAUACAAGAAAAAUUUCUUAUCUCUGACUGGAGAUACGUGCUCUCUGGAUCUUACAGCUUCACAUGGUUAUGCGGCCAGGUUCACCGCAACCUCCUCUCCAAGUUCACGGGUCAAGUUGUGGAGCUGUUUGAUGAAGAGUUCCGACACCUUUACGCACUGUCCAAGCCAGUGAGGGGACCGAAGUCUCCACCGCGCAUCAUGCCCUUCCUGUUCAGCAAGAGCUGGGCCCCCCAGCGCAGCCUCCCCGACAGCAACGAAAAAACCUCCCGCAGCCUCUCAGCCGCCAGCCCCCACCAGAGCAAGCAAGCCCCAAGAACUCUCAUGUUCAGCAGCAACUUAACCCCCACGUCACCUCUCCAUAGAGUUAAUUCCUUCCACAGCUAUGUCUCAUUCACACCCCCACCACAACAGAAGGCCGUCCAGGCUAACUACUAUCAGCCGCAGUACAUGGCCGAUAACUCCACAGUUCUGUAUAACAACAUGAACAUUUACAGACCUAUAAGAAUUAGACAAGAGGAACCAAACAGGACAGGGUUAAGCUCACCCUGGAGAUGCCUCCACAAAGCUAACCUGUUUGCAUAA